AUGAUGCGCAAAAACCAGCAUCAGGCGCUUCAGCAACAACAACAAGCCGCACAGCGCGCGAACGCCAAUGCGCGCGGCGGUGGGCCUCCGGGUCCACCUGGCCCACCCGGCGUCGGGGUUGGAGUUGGGCAGCCUUCGGCGCUGCAGAUGAAUAUGGGCGGUGGGCCGCAGGGUAUGCAGGGUAUGCAGCAUGGUCCGCCACAGCCACAGCAGCAGCAGCAGCAACAACAGCAGCCUGGAGGGCCAGGGCAGGGGCAUCAGCAGGGGCAGCCUGGUCAGCAGGGACAUCCGGGUGGUAUGCCUGGAGGGCCGCCUGGGAUGGGUCCUGGGCCUGGGCCUAGCCAACAACAACAACAACAACAGCAGCAGCAGAUGAGGAUGGUGAAUGGGAUGGUACCUGGGAUGGCGCAGCGUCCGCCGUCGGCUGCGACGGGCGGGCCGGGGCCGGGGCCUGGGGGGUAUAUGACGAAUGGAGCGGGGGGCGGGGGCGGGAUGCCGAAUGGGAUGCCCCCGCAGCAACAGCAGCAGCAGCAGGGGCCGGGCCAGAUGAGCUUUGGUGGGAUGGGCGGGCAUGGGCAUGGUGGGCCGCCGCCGCCGCCGCCUGGGAUGGGGCCUGGGCAGCAGGGUCAGGGUCAGCAGCAGGCGAAUGGGAUUGGAGGGCCGCAGCAUGGUCCUGGUGGUCCUGGACAGGGUCAGGGACAAGGACAGGGCGGGCCGAUGCAGUUUGGUGUGUUGCAGGGACAGGGCGGGAGGCAGCCUGUCAUGAACGGGCUCGGUGCGCAACAGCAGCAGCAACAACAGCAGCGGCCGGGUCCGGGUCCAGGGCAGAAUCCGAAUGGACCGCCUAAUGGUGGUGGUGCGGGAGGAGGAGGAGGAGGAGGGGGUGCGGGACCUGGAGGCCCGUUCCAGAGCCCGACGAUGGCGCAUUCGCCUGGGCAGGGUCCGCCGCCUGGAGGACCGGGACAAGGGGGCCCGAUGGGUCCGCAGGGGCAGGCGCCGAUGGCGCAGCUGGGAGGACCUGGUCCGGGGCCGUCGCCGCAUAUGCCGCCGAUGGGUAUGAGACCUGGUCCGCAGGGUAUGCCUCCGCCUUCGGGGGGUGUCAACGGUGGUGGCGUCGGUGGUGGUGGUCCUCAGCAACAGCAACAAGGAGGUCAACAAGGAGGACCGGGAGGUGGGCCGCCGACGCCUGGGUAUGCGCCAGGGCAGACGCCCGGUCCGCCUGGUAGCCAGCAGCAGCAGCAGCAGCAGCAGGGACAAGGGCAAGGUCAGCAGCAGCCAGGACAGGGCGGUCGUCCGCCGAGCCGCACGAACACGCCGCGCGGGAGCGCGGGUGGUCCUGGUGGUGGGAUGAUGCCGCACGCCAGCCCGUCGCUCGCAGCAAGGCAGACGCCCGGCGUUGGACCGAUGGUAGGUGUUGUACCCGGUAUGGGCGUCGGGCUCGGGGGGAUGGGCGGGCCGCCUGGGAUGAUGGUUGGCGGUGGACUGCCACCUGCACCGCCGCCUCCUGGGGGUAUGCCGAUGAGCAUGGGUAUGGGCGGGAUGGGUGGUGGGGGAGGUAAUAGUGCGAGUGCACAGGAUAACCAGAUUAAUGCGGAGAUUAUGGGUAUCCAGACGCAUACGCUCAAUGCGCUCAAAGCUGAGUUGGGAAUUGGGGAUAAGGAUUUGACGAAUCUUUCGAUGUUGGAGAAGAAUCGGAUUUUGGCGAUGUGGAAGACGAGGAAUGGGAAGAGUGGGCCGAUGCAGGGUAUGGGUGGACCGCCGCAGGGACAGAGGCCAGGUCAGCCUGGGCAGCAACAGCAGCAGCAGCAGCAGCGUACGAAGCGUAACAGCACGUCGCCGGGCGAAGAGCACGAAACGCUGCCACGUACCGAGUCCUCGCCGCCUGAGCGCAAGCGGGUGAAGCGCUCGCCGGCGGAUACACCGUUGAUGGGGUAUGCGCAGCAUCCUGGUCAACAACAACAGCCAGGUCAACCUGGGCAACAAGGACCUGGCGGCAGUGGUGGGCCACCUGGAAGUCUCCAGCAGCAACAACAGCAGCAACAGCAACAGCCAGGUCAGGGUCCACCGGGCCCAGGACAGCAGCACCAGAUGAUGAUGCUGAUGGCGACGCGCUCGCAGCCGCAUCACCCGAUGGGUAAUGCUGGGUUAGGUGGUGGUGGUGGUGGUGGUGGGCCGGGAGGUCCGCCGCCGGGUGCGCCUGGGGGUCCUCCUGGGCCGAUGGGCGGGCAGCCUGGGCAGCAGGGAGCUGGGAUGAUGGGCAUGCAUCCGCCCGGUCCUGGGGGUAUGAUGCAGGCGCCGCAGCAGGCGCAGAUGCAUAUGUAUCAUAUGAAACAGGAGCAGCCGUUUAACCCUGGACCGCCGCCGCCUGGGCCAGGUGCGCUGGGCCAGUUCUCAGCGGGCCCGCUGAAUAGGAUGGGCGCGAAGCCGCCGAUGGUGGGCAUGAUGCCGCCGCCGUCGCCUGCACAGGGCGGGCCGCCCAAGACGAUCAAGCAGGAGGGCGCAGGCGCGGGUGGUAGCGGCGCUGGUGGGAAUGUGAACUCGCAAGGACCGAAUGGGCAGGGACAGGGGCAGCAGGGGCAGCAGAUGAACCCGGAUGGGUCGCCGAGGAAUGGGCCGCCUGGAGCGGGGGGUGCGUCGGGAGGAGGGACGGCGCCGCCGACGCCUGUGCCGGGUAAUAGGCCAAAUCCUCAGCAGGGGCAACCUGGAGGACCACAGCAACAGAACCCUCCUCCGCCUCAGCAACAGCAACAACAGCCGCAGCAGUCGCAACAGUCGCAACAGCAGCAGCAGCAGCAGCAACCGCAGAAUCAGAAUCAGAAUCCGAUGAGCGGGAUGAUGGCGUCCUCGUCGCCCCUUCUGAAUCUGCCGCCGACAGGCGGGAUGGGUGGGCUGGGUGCUGACAUGUUCACGUUUGACAACAUGGUGGAUGAUUUCGAGAGCAACUUUUUGGUUAACAAUACGACGGGGGAUAUCAAUUUCGAGCGGGACUUUGGGCAGUGGUUUAAUCACCCGGAUGAUCUCGGCUCGGGGCUGGAUAUGAAGUGA